AAGAGGGGGGGAGCGCAGGAAAGGGAAGGGAAGGAAAGGGAAAGGGAAGAGAGGAAGAGGAAAGAAAAAAAAAAAAAGAGAGGGAGAGAGGGAGAAAAUCCUCCGUUGCCCCCUCCCCCUCCCUAAAAAAAAAAAAAAAAAUUAGCGAGAGCGCGAGCGAGAGGAGGGGGGCUCGCGGCGAAAAAUAAAUAAAAUAAAGAAAACGGCAGGAGCGGCUCCAGCCGGCAGCAGCGGCGGCAGCAGGGCAGCGGCGGCGGCGGCAGCCGAGGCGGAGGCAGGCGGCAGGCAGGGUCCCCUCGCUCCCCGCUCGCCCCCGGCGCCCGGCCGGCCGCCUCCCCCCCGCCCCCCGCCUCUCUCCCCGGCAGCCCGCAGCGAGACGCGCCGCUCCCCAGCACUUUUUUGGGCCCGAGAUAUGGCAAUGGUAGUUAGCAGCUGGCGAGAUCCGCAGGAAGACGUGGCCGGGGGCACCCCGAGCGGCCCCAACCCCGCCGCGGCGCAGCCGGCCCGGGAGCAGCCGCCCCAGCAGCAGGGGGGCUCGGCCGCCCCGCACACCCCGCAGACCCCCAGCCAGCCGGGACCCCCCUCCACGCCGGGCACGGCCGGGGACAAGGGAGCGGGCCAGCAGGGCUCGGGGCAGAGCCAGCAGCACAUCGAGUGCGUGGUGUGCGGGGACAAGUCCAGCGGCAAGCACUACGGCCAGUUCACCUGCGAGGGCUGCAAAAGUUUCUUCAAGAGGAGCGUCCGCAGGAACUUAACUUACACAUGCCGCGCCAACAGGAACUGUCCCAUCGACCAGCACCACCGCAACCAGUGCCAGUACUGCCGCCUCAAGAAGUGCCUCAAAGUGGGCAUGAGGCGGGAAGUUGCAAGCUUGUGCAUUCACUGUGCAACGCUGACUGCAGGCUUUUGCAGUGGCAACAGCGCACCAAAGAUAUUAAUUACACCGUCCCCUUUUUUUUCCACGAAUGUUUGGCUAUUCGGUUCAGCGAGGAAGGAUGCCGCCCACCCAGCCCAACCCCGGCCAGUACGCCCUGACCAACGGCGACCCCCUGAACGGGCACUGCUAUCUCUCGGGAUACAUCUCCCUGCUGCUGCGGGCCGAGCCCUACCCCACCUCCCGCUACGGCAGCCAGUGCAUGCAACCCAACAACAUCAUGGGCAUCGAGAACAUCUGCGAGCUGGCCGCCCGCCUGCUCUUCAGCGCCGUCGAGUGGGCCCGCAACAUCCCCUUCUUCCCCGACCUGCAGAUCACCGACCAGGUGGCCUUGCUGCGGCUCACCUGGAGCGAGCUUUUCGUCCUCAACGCCGCCCAGUGCUCCAUGCCCCUCCAUGUGGCCCCGCUCUUGGCCGCCGCCGGCCUCCACGCCUCCCCCAUGUCGGCCGACCGCGUCGUCGCCUUCAUGGACCACAUCCGCAUCUUCCAGGAGCAGGUGGAGAAGCUGAAGGCGCUGCACGUCGAUUCGGCCGAGUACAGCUGCCUGAAAGCCAUCGUCCUCUUCACCUCAGACGCCUGCGGCCUGUCGGAUGCUGCGCACAUCGAGAGCCUGCAGGAGAAGUCUCAGUGCGCGCUGGAGGAGUACGUGCGGAGCCAGUACCCCAACCAGCCCAGCCGCUUCGGGAAGCUGCUGCUGCGGCUGCCCUCCCUGCGCACCGUCUCCUCUUCCGUCAUCGAGCAGCUCUUCUUCGUCCGCUUGGUAGGUAAAACCCCCAUCGAAACCCUCAUCAGGGAUAUGCUACUGUCGGGGAGCAGCUUCAACUGGCCUUACAUGUCCAUCCAGUGCUCCUAGAGCCCGGCCCGCACCCCCGGCGGAGACGCGGCGGAGCGGCGGAGGCGGGAGCGCUCGCAUCGAGGGGCAGUCGGGGUGCGGGGGGGGCCCGGGAGGCGGACACUGAACAAAAGAAAGGGCCGAGUAGGAGCAGAGGUGUGGCCGUGGUGGGGAGAAGGAAGGACCUCGCGUCCGUGGAGGUUGUGGCGUUUCGCUCUUUUUUUUUUUUUUUUUUUUUUUGGCCUUUCUUGGGUUUGGGGUUGGUUGGUUUCUUUUGGGUUUUUUUGGGUUUUUUUUGUUUCGCUUUUUUUUUCCGGAGAGGAGGAACAAAAUAAUAAUAAUAAUAAAAGAGACAAAAAAGCAAAAAAAAAUUUAAAAACAAAAAUAAAAACAAAAAAAAAUGAGUAUUGAGGGGAUAUUAAUCAAACCUGAAGGGGAUACUGGAUCUUCCAGGAUUUAUUGUGGACUGUUGUUGAUAUAUGCUGUACAGUAACAAAGCAAAACGCGUUGAAACUGAACUGAACAUUGUGUAGAAUGAAAAACAAACAAGCAAGCAAGCAAACAAACAAAAAAAUUCCACGCGCAAACACUUACCACGAGCAUUGUUACUCAUUUUGUAAAAUAUUAGUCUUUAUUUUCAUUUUUUGUAAAACUUAAACCAUCGUAUGCGCAUAAAGAAAAAAAACCAACAAAAAAAGAAACGAGAAUUAGGGGAAAAUAACAUUUUCCAAAUAAUUAUAAAAAAAAUUGUCCUGUGUCUAUGUAUCUAUAUCUGUUUUGUAUUUUUUUCUGGUUCCAAACCAGGUUUCCUGUGAUUCUAUACUAAUAAUUUUUGAUAUAACCCUUUGCUUCUUAUAAUGAGUGCGAUAUAUGUUGUCGAAGCUGUUCUUCAAGAAUUAAAAUUGAAGUGAGAAUUUAAACAAAAAUAAAAGAAUUUAGCAAAAAAAAUCAACUUAUCACCCCACAACCCAUGAGUCUUGUUGCUUGAAACAUGCCAACAGUUCACCAAAAAACAAACAAA